AUGUCUUUUCCAUCUUCAUUGCAAGGGUUGAAAGAACUGCCCUCACGGACAGUCAAUGACAACUCAACCUUCCCAGAGGGCCGAUAUGUUGUCAACGCACCGAAACCGGGGGAUGAAAACGAUCCACUUCUAUCUGCGGAGGGGCCGGAGAUAGUUACUAAGACCUGGUUCAAGUCACCGCCCUUUAGUCAAGCUGCCAUUUUGGCUCUCCAGAGCAUACAGCUGUUUGCAGAUACCCACGACCAGGGCUGGGUGGAUGAUCGUGCUCUUGGAAACUGGACAUGGCUGGAGGUAGCCAUUUAUGAGAAUGAAUCGUCCGAUUCCCCCAGGCAAAGAGAAGGGGUUGAGUUGGUUUGGAUGAGUCACAAGAAUGAUAUGGGAUCUGAACAGUACGGCUGGUUAUCUGGUGACGUUUUCGCCGGCAAGCACGAUCUGUUGGCUCUGCUCGAGGUUGGCAAUGUUAUUGCAGUGCGAGUCUGUGCCCGCUUCACUGGCUGGGAGCUGUACGGAAGGGCCGCUUGCCUUGUACUGGAUAUGGGACGUCCCACCUCUGUUGAGCAGCCUCCUAGUUACGCACAGGUAAUGGAGGAUACCAUCGCACUGCAGCAGAUCUUGAACUGCGUCAACUCUAGUAAUAAUGCAUACGCACCUACAAUCACAGCUGCCUGGGAUCGAGCCGAUACAUUCUCUGGCAAGGAAAAGCGACCCCUCCGUGUUCUUUCUCUUGAUGGGGGAGGUGUGAGAGGUUAUUCAUCGCUGAUGUUACUGAAAGAAGUCAUGGACAAAGGUGCUCCAAAUAAGAAGCCUUGUGAGGUAUUUGAUCUUAUUGGAGGAACCAGCACUGGCGGGUUAAUUGCUAUCAUGCUCGGCCGCCUCAAGAUGACCGUUCAGGAAUGCCUGGACGAGUAUAGCGCGUUGAUGAAUGAGGUGUUUGGGUCUGGCUGGUUCCACGACCAUGUGACGAAGCCAGCCCGAUAUGCCACGACAGGAGCAUUCUACUCUGCUGAGACAUUGGAGAAGGUGAUCAAAGCUCUGCUUCGAAAGAGGCUUCCAGCCGGGGAAGACGCAGAUAACGCAUUAUUGCUGGACGACAAGGAGAAUUCCUGCAAAAUCUUCUUAAUGGCGGUGCGUGAGGAAGCCGGUAAUAACCGAGGGCCUGUCUUCCUUCGCUCGUAUACGAACGACCUUGAGGUACCAGACGCAGACCUUGCGAAUAUCAAGUUGUGGCAGGCUGCUCGUGCUACCUCCGCCGCCCCUGCGUACUUUAAGCCUCUUCAGGCGGGCCGCGUAAAACUGGUUGAUGGUGGCUUGUUAGCCAAUAAUCCCCUUGGAUGGUUAUGGACCGAAGUCCUCGGUGUAUAUGGCCCAACUCGCGAGACGGACUGCUUCCUGAGCAUUGGUACAGGAAUGGCAUCCAAUGUGGCCAUCGCUCAGCCAGGAUUCAACUUCAAAGCCGCAAUGAUGAGUUUUGUCUCGGUUGCAACUAACACCGAAAGCACCCAUCUUCUUUUCCGCUAUCUUGUUGACGCAUUUGCCCCGUGCCCCCAGAUUAAGAAAUAUUGGAGAUUGAAUGUGGCCAAGGAGAAAGAGGGCUCUAAUCCAAAGGACUAUGAAAGUCCCGGCGAGUUGGACGCUGUGGCCGGAAUUAAGAAGUUGGAGGCUUGGACGAACGAAUGGAUAGCCGCCCAGCAGGAUAUCAUCAAGCCCUGCAGUGAGGCUAUUGGAAGAAAUUUGUUGAAGAGUACAUGA